GACCAGAUAGACGCGCCCAACAGUUGUUAUCCAAGAUGCCCGAAAGACGCGUGUCAUCAGUUAAACCCCCUUCUCAAUCGUUAUCAGGAGACGAGGGAGACAUAGACCUCAAGGACUCGCAAGGCACCAGUGAUGACCACAACGAGGAAACGUUCGCCCUCAUCGCAGCAGAGUUCAAAGCGACAUGGGAGAAGAAGUUGAGGGGACGCGACAAUAAGAUAAUACAGACAACGCAAAAGGAACUCCACCUUGCUCUCCAGAACAAGGAAACCGAAAUCGCCAACGUCAUGAACGAUAUGGAUGCCCUUCAUCAGGAUUUCCUCAAACAAUACGCGAUUCUGGAAGACAAGAAGCGCAAAAUAACAGCUGCGAUUGCUGAAGCACAGGAAGAACUCAUACCACUUGCGAUCAAACGCCACCAGGCGAUCAUCAGCCUUGGACACGAGGUCGAGAACGGGCAACUGGAAGGAAUGGCCCUCAUCAAAGGUGCUUGCCAAUCUGAUCUUCUUUCCCUCCGCUCCAUAGCCACGCGGGACGUCGCCCAGGAGCUUGGGACGUUGCACUUCGAUUCCUGA